AUGGAGCAGACGUUUAAUCUCCCCGACUCCACCGACUGGCUCGACACGCCAUUGUCUCUCCUCACUCCGCUGGAGUCUUCCCUCCGUUGCCAAGUGUGUAAGGACUUUUUCGAUAACCCCGUCAUCACCUCGUGCAGUCAUACGUUUUGUUCGCUAUGCAUUCGACGUUGUCUUAGUACUGAAGGAAAAUGCCCCGCGUGUCGGUGCUCGGAUCAAGAGCUCAAGUUGCGGCGUAAUUGGGCGGUUCAGGAGCUUGUGGAGGCGUUCCAGAAUGCAAGACCGAGCGUGCUACAACUAGCGAGGAAGGCCGCUGCUGCGGAUCGCACAGGCGACACGGAAGAGGUGGAACAGCCUGCGUCAAAAAAACGUAAGAUUGCUGAGCAGGAAGAGCCUGAGAUGGUUGUAAGACAGACCCGGUCGCAAAGUAAAGGCGUUGACCAUGCGCCGGAGCCAGCUGCAGUGGAAAUUAUUGAGGAUAGCCAGGAUGAGGAAUAUGUUCCUGACGAUGGAUUGGUUGCAUGCCCCGUUUGUAAUCGGAGGAUGAAGAACGAGGCAGUAUUUCGACACCUCGAUAGUUGCCCGGGGAAUCCUACACCCCAGAAUCAGAUCUCCUUUGGGUCUCUACAACCCAAGUCACCAGCCUCGCUCAAGCAGCCAACUACAGGCAAACAACCCGAAAGACUUCCGAUUAUAAACUAUUCUAUUCUAAAGGAGGCUGUUCUGCGAAGAAAGCUCAAAGAUCUGGGUAUACCGAACUGGGGACCGCGGCCCCUCUUGCAAAGACGUCAUACUGAAUGGAUGAAUCUAUGGAAUGCGAACUGUGACUCCAGAACUCCCAAAUCCAAAAGAGAAUUGUUGCACGAAUUAGAGAUCUGGGAGCGAACGCAAGGUGGCCAGACGUCGUCGUCAGCUGAGUCGGCGAAUACGGUCAUGCGCAAAGACUUCGAUUCAGACGCAUGGUCUGCAAACUAUGACAGCGAUUUCAAGCAAUUAAUUGCAAAUGCCCGAAAACGAAGCGAUGCGUUAGUUCGCACAACGAUACCCCAAGCUUCCGCAACAUCAGAUGAUGAGCCAAAUGCAUCAGACUCUGCGCAGCCGACCGAACUUUCUAUUCCGGUGGAGGUGCCGAAGCCGGACGGGUUAACGGUAGAUCUCACAGACGUCAAAGUCGCUGAGAACGAAGUCCAAGAGCCCAGUAACAGCCAGGUGCUCAACGCCCCUUCCACAUAG